AUGGCGUACGGCCAGAUCUUAGAAUGGGCGUUCGGCAAGCGCAUCACUCCCGCAGAGCGACUGCGGAAGAACCAGCGCAUGCUCGAUAAGGCCAUCCGAGAGCUCGACCAAGUACGAGUCAAGCUGGAGAAGCAGGAGAAGACUCUGGUCGGACAGAUCAAGCAGAGUGCGCAGAAGGGUCAGAUUGGAGCAGCCAAGAUACAAGCAAAGGAUCUGGUGCGGACGAGAAGAUAUGUCGAGAAGUUCUACGGAAUGCGGAGUCAGCUGCAGAAGAUCUCCUUGCGCCUUCAGACCCAUCGAACAAACGAGCAGAUGAUGCAAGCCAUGAAGGGAGCCACGAUGGCCCUGGGCAGCAUGAAUCGAUCCAUGAACCUACCCGCCCUGCAGCGAAUCGCUAUGGAAUUCGAACGCGAGAACGAUGUAAUGGAACAGAGGCAAGAAAUGAUGGACGACGCCAUCGACGAUGCAAUGGAUACAGGCAUAGAGGAGGAGGGUGACGAGGUUGUGGAACAAGUUUUGGAGGAGAUCGGUGUGGACCUCAACCAAUCCUUCGGCGAGACACCGACUAGUCUACAGUCCGACAAGGUCGCUGAGAACAGGAUCGCCCAAGCAAUCGGCGGUCCCAGCGGCGGCGGAGGCGGUGACCCAGGCGAUGACGACCUUCAGGCUCGCCUUGAUAGUCUCAGAAAGUAG